AUGACUCACAUUUCGCUCAACCACACUGGCCAAAUCCCAAUGUCAUCACCACAAUCUUUUCCCAACGGGGCCGAGGAGAUUCGUAAUAUCGACGACCCCAAUUACACGGUUUACCCCCGACAUCGGGAGGGGCUGAGGCAUUUAGCCUGCCUCUCGGCCCCCCCUUCUCAAUUCCGCCGAACAAACCAGCUAGCAAAUUUUUUCACAUUUACUCCAAAUUGGGAGGUCGCCAUUGGCCCGCUGCAGCAACAUCACAGACCUCCAAUCUGCCAGGGUAAAAACGUCAACCACACCCGCACAAUGUUCUUGAACUGUCUGGCCGGUUGGCCCAAUGGCAAGGCGUCUGACUACGAUAUACCGUGGAAUCAGGAGAUUGAGCGUUCCCGACGCUUGGUUAUUACCCCAAUGUCACCUCUUUCAUCCUUUUCAACACAGCUUCAGCAUGUCUCUGAAAUGGCCAUGGAGUUUCUUUUGUCUUAA